AUGGCGGAUUGGGUACAAGCGACGCCACACCUCCAGACGAGGCGACCUCAAGAUGACAUCCUCAUCAUCCGUCUCGUCAAUGAGCCUUACAACUUCCUCGACAGGCAAUGCUUCGACGAGCUGAACGGGAUCAUUGCUCCACUCGACAUCAAGACCACACGUGCGGUGAUCUUGACAGGAGGAGUGCAGGACAUCUUCGUAACUCACUACAGCGUGGACGAGAUCAUCGACUUUGGACUUUCGGUGCCAUCGUGGAUGCCGGCCCCCCCAUUUCUUCUGCGAGCGGCUUUGCGUCUCGAGAGCCUGAUCGCGUCACUCGGACUCAGGUAUCUCACUCGAAAGACGCUGUUCGCUGGUAUCGCCGAUCUCAAUCUCUACAAGGAAGUCUGCAAUCUCUUCCGCAGCAAGCCGCAAGUAUUCGUCGCCGCCAUCAACGGUCUAUGCUUUGGUGGCGGAUGCGAGUUUGCGCUUGCUUGCGAUUACCGGAUCCUGAUUGACACAGAUAGACCCGUCAUGGGCCAAGUGGAGAGCUUGAUCGGCCUCAUCCCGGGAGGCGGCGGAACGCAAUUCUUCUCGCGAACCCUGGGCACGGCUAAAGCGCUGGAAUUGUGCCUGGAAGGGAAGACGCUCACCUCUUCCGAGGCGCUGGAGCUCGGCUUGGUCAAUCGAGUGAGUCGAGCCGAAGACUUGCUCGACACGGCCGUCGGGGUGGCCAAGCAUCUCGCCAGACGCAGCCCGUAUGCGAUUCAAGCCAUCAAGGACUCGAUCCACGUAGGCGGCUCGAUGACACUUUCCGAAGGCUUGUUGCGCGAGCAGGGCUGGUUUGGAGGUGCUGCUUUGGUGGCAGAGACGCACGAAGCGAUGAAGAAGUAUACGCGCAUGAUCAAGGAAGAGCAGCCGCAGUCUCUGGAGGACUUCGAUCACUAUCUGCAGCCUCUGGCGAAUGGUUCCUUCUUUGACUUUUCGCCGGGCUCGGCCAGGUCUGCUGCAAGCACAAAGGCCAGCAAGACUGACUAG